AUGGGGUCCGAUCUGCCCUCACCGCGGUCCCGCAACGGUUCCAACAGAAAUGAUUCCGGACGCGACAGGAGAACAGAGAAAAGUCAUUCACACGAGAGGGAGAGAAGACGCGACAGACGCUCCAGAUCUCCGCGAUCCCCAGAUUCCCGCCGGCGUACCUCGCGAUCGCGAGACAGACACCAGCGCCGAGACAGCGACAGACGAACGGAAAGGGAGAGAGGAGACAAGUAUCGGCGUCGCCGGUCUCCCGACGACCACAAUGAAGCGCGCAGGGACCGCUCUGAUCGGGACAGGAACAAGCGACAUCGCAGAAGAGACGACGAAAACGACAGCGAAAGCAAGCAAGUAGUGAGGCGCAGCGGGCCGCUGCCCUCGCAGGCCGACUCAUUUGCCAUUGAAAAAGGAGAGGAGCCGCCCAAGGAGAAAGAGAAGCCCAACUAUGGCAACUCGGGCACGCUGGCGGCUGCCUCAAACUCAAUCGCCCAGGCAGAUGGAUCAACCAUUGUGCUCAAAUACCACGAACCGCCAGAGGCAAGAAAACCCUCACCAAAGGACCAAUGGAAGUUGUUCGUGUUCAAGGGAAAAGACAUUAUUGAUACAAUCGAGUUGAAUGCCCGCACUUGCUGGCUCAUUGGCAGGGAAAUGGCCGUCAUUGAUAUUGCUGCUGAGCAUCCAAGUAUCAGCAAACAACACGCUGUUAUCCAAUUCCGAUACCUAGAGAAGCGAAACGAGUACGGAGACAAGAUUGGCAAGGUUAAACCUUACCUGAUUGAUCUUGAAAGCGCCAACGGGACCAUGCUCAAUUCAAAGAAAAUUCCCGACAGCAGAUAUCUGGAGCUCAAGGACAAGGACCUUGUUCAAUUCGGUCACAGCACGAGGGAAUACGUAAUCAUGCUUGCGCCCAAAGACUGA